CAAAACGCUCAUUUCACAGAAGAAAUAUUUUUCUUUUCGGAAGAAGAUCCCCACAAAGCGGCCCUAUUUCUUUUCAACCACAUAAAGUCGAAGAAUCCGAAAACCCACGAUGUACGCCAGGACAAAUACCGGCAGCACACAUGGAGACUUUCAGGACAGAAAUGGAGUGAAUUACGUGACAUCGACAGAGUCUUUCGGCCACUGCUCGCAAUUGUUCUGGAAAAAGGAUCCGAACGACUCCGGACCAAGUUCGACCAUCAGCUGGUGUGACCAGCUCCCUUCGUCCUCAGCAGCACUCUCCAGUUCCAGUCUCUCUUCAGCAUCACUCUCCAGCUCCAGUCUCUCCUUGGAGUCCCGAGCGCCGGCACCAGUACCGGCAACGACGGCAUCCGACGACAUGGAGUCAGACGAGAGGCCGUACGUCUGCGACAUGUGCAGCUGUGCCUACAAGCACGCCAGCUCUCUGCUCAACCACAAGCUCACCCAUAAGACUGGAGACUUCAGGUGUGACUUUUGUAGCAAGCCCUACACCAACUACAUGUCCCUGCGUAACCAUAUGCGAAUCCACGGUCAGAAGCGCUACAUGUGUGACCUUUGCGGGAAGGCCUUCCGUUUAGCCCGGUACCUCCGCAACCACCAGAGGAUCCACGAUGACGGGCCCAACCGCUUCGACUGUCCCUCCUGCUGUAAGAGCUACAGGACCAUGCUGGAGCUGGCACAGCACCGCUGCACCGCAGCUACAACCAACCAGAACCGGUUCAACUGCCCGUCCUGCUUUAAGAGCUACCGAACCAUGCUGGACCUGGCCCAGCACCGCUGCAGCGCCGCGGCCAAAAACCAGUCUGGCGGACGUCGUAAUUUCUCCAAUAACGCUCGUCGUCAGCAGCAGCAACAGCAGCAGCAGCAACAGCAGAACAGUGCUAACUCAAUGAUGCAGCAGCAUGGAGGACACGGCCAGCAGGAUUCCCUGCCCUCCCACUGCGUCUCCCCCAUGUCCCAGGGUGCUGGUGUGAGCAGCCAGUCUGUGCCUGACCCCCACCAGCAGGGCCGUCCCAGCUCGGUGUCCUCCCAGAGCAGCCAGCAGAGCAUGAGGAGCUCGUCCUCCAACAAACACGUGUCCUCCUCCAGCGCCACCCCGUCCUCCUCCUACUCCCUGCUCCAGCCCCUGGUGCCUGAGGUAAAGGAGAUGAGCUCGGGAUACACUAGGCUGAGCGCCAACCCCAUGCCGAAGCACCAGGACACUUUCUCUCUGGCCUCCCAGCGGCCCCUCACCACCAUCAACCCCAUCGGCCACUCCCUCCAUCCGAACGGAGCUCCCACGCUCAAGCCUUCCCCUGUGCCACGCACCAUCCAGGCCAUGCCCUGGGAGCAGCGCUCUCUCUACAAUCAAUGAGACCCCCCUGGAACCAGCCGCCCCCCCCCCUUUUCAUCGCGUCCACCACCACCACCACCCCCUCACACCCACCUCUUCCUGCUCCUCUCUCCACCUCUUUCGGACCCAGCAUCUAGGAGGGAGGAGUUGGGACGACCCUCCGCCGCCUCACCCCUCCUUUGAAACUUUGUGUUUGGGAGCGGGGACAGGCACAUUGAGAACUAGUUGAGAUUGAUUACUGAGUAGUUAGGUUUAAAAAAUGUGUUGCCUUGACCCUCAUGUAUGAUCUAUGCCAUGUACUGGAUAUAAGUUAAAUUGUCUGUCCUCUCACUAAGAAUUUAUCUUCCCAUCCUCCUCUCCUGCUCUAGUUAUGAAAAUAUCUAUCCUUCCCAUUAUGAAUAGUGUCUCUCCCCACCCUUCCCCUCUUUUCCAUAUGUUAAAUGAAACGAAAGGCUAAUUUUAUCAAGCGUGUGUUCCAAACCCUGACAGAUGAGGGAUUCCAGGACGCUGAGUUGUCCAAGUAAAUGUGACAAAAUUUUCCCUUCCGUCUGAUAUGUUUUUCAACAUAAACCCCAACUUCUUUUGUGAAAUGAGGCUUCUGGAAAGGAGAAGUGGAAACAUGACUUACUUUUUUUCUUUCGUACCCCUUCAGCGUGCUCCAGAAUGAAGGUUGUGUAUAUUGUGCGUUAGGAUGUGUCAUGACUAUUUCAAAAAGCUGUUUUUGUUCUCUCUGACGUUACAGCACCCACACCUCUCAUCUCUGAGCAUUAACAGCAAGGACCACGACAGAAACAACUUAUUGUUCUGCCAACCAUUUUUACAUGUACGUGCCAGUUUGGCCUCUGUGUUUUGAAGACUGAAGCCCUGCUGUUGAGAAGGACCUCAGUGUUCCCCAGCCACAACUACCAACAUGGACAGUUUGGUGCGGUUAUCUUCUUUUAACACACAACUGAAAACUCACUUUUUUCUAAACUUGCAUCUGACUGGUGGCUUGUUGUUAUUGUAGUUUUAAUAAUCUGUUGGCUGGGAAUCAAAUCUAGAAGAGAACAGUCCAAGUCUCCAUCCCCUUUUUCUCAGAACUGACUGUUAACAUGUUUGUUCCUUUCACUUUGAAGCACUUUAAGACAAGUGCUGUAUAAUUAUUACUGUCUGUCCCACCCACUCUCGAGAGCUGUGUCGGCUGGAAAGAUGUAACAUUGCCUUACAUCAACCUCUCAUCACGACUCAAUCACAUGAUCACCAGUGACUUAGCAGCAGUACUGGGCCGGUUCAAGCCCAUAACACGGCUGUGUCUGGAAGUUAAAGUGGCCAAAAUACAGUGUGUGUGUGCAGCUCUGGAUCCCCCAGCCCCACCUCGGCUCAAACACACCCUCCAGUGUUGCUUUUCCUGUAGAACACAUCAUGCCUACGUCUCACUGCUCCCAGGAUGGAUUUAGAUAACACCUACCUGCAGGGUGUUUCAAUAAGCAGCCAGCCACAGUUGGCCGGGUAACUCCAAAUAAACAAAUAAAAGAUGAAGUGAAUUUUGUAAUUUUGACGAAUAACAGUUUAACCAUGGAUCCAGUUUGUAGUUCUGUUACGUUAUCUCGCUAACAUGGUGUUCAUUGAAAUACCCACGAUUCUACUGACAUUGUAUUAUCUCUUUUUAAAGUUGUUUCUAUUUUUAUUCAUGACAUGUUUUCAUCGUUGCUUUCUCUCUCCUUGUAAAGUGUCUUUGAGUAUUUAGAAAAGUGCUAUACAAAUAAAAUGUUUUAUUAUUAUCACCA